AUGGGUUGUCGAGUUCCUAGAUCGUUGUUGUUGAAGCAGGCUAUUCGGUUGGGGAAGGUAGAAGGGCCAAGGGAGGCACAGUUGGUGUCUGAAUCAAUGAAGGAUUUGAAAGCGUUGUUUCAGCCAAGUGCUUCUACUCAGGAGGAUGAGGAUGAGGAUUCUGGUGCUAAGAGACGGCUGCUGCGCAGCCGUCUCCAAGCUGGUGAAUUGGAUACGAUUUUAGUGGGUCGGUUUGGUUUGAAUACCAAGACUUUAUCUUUGCAGACCAAGAGACUGGUCUGUGAGUUUCCGAAACUGUCUCAGGACCAGUUGGAACUGGUGCAAGAAGGUCUGGAUUACCAUUCCAGUAGUCUUGACUGGCGUCAGGUUCCUGUUUUCGUGCAGCAGUUGCGCUACUACAUUGCGUAUGGGUCCUAUGGGCCAAGAUCUCAGCUGCCCUUUGUUGCAGAUCUGGAGCGACCUGCUAUCCCUAGAGACUUCACCUUCAGGUGUAGUUCGCCAGUGGCCUCGACUGGUGCUGGCCAAGUGGUCCACAGGCUAUCGAAAGGUGAUUUGAUGGACCUGGGGAAAGUGUAUGCUCAAGGCCAGUCAAAGCUUCCCGUGGAUAAAUCCACCAGCACUGCCACUGGUGGUGUCAAUAGGUUGAGCAGGUUCAUCCUGUUGUGGGCAACAGGAGUGUCCCUUGUGGCAAUUGCCGAUGACCUCUUGUGA